AUGUCUCAACAAAAACAAAGUGGGGUUACGACCACAAAGGAAAGUUCCAUAAUAACGAUGACAGCAAACAAGAUAUUUGAGAAUUUAAUCGAGAACAUCGUAUUGUUUUUUAUGGCGGUGUUCGUUUCACUUUGCGGGUUGAACGGUCUCUCUUCCUCCAACAGCUCAAACUCUAAAGUGGACGGUAGAACUCCUUCCGGAACGUCUUCGGGAAUGCAAAUCCAUCAUUUGAUUUUCCUUCCCCAACAACGCAAAUCUCUCUUUUAUAACAUCGUUAAAAAUCAUUCGUCAAAGCAAGAUCCCAGCCAAUCACUUGGUAUAAGUAACCGUAAACAACAAACACAUCAUAAGCAUCACAGAAAAGUCUCUUCUAUCAACUACUAA